UUCCAGUUACAAGGGAAACACUUCUGGUUAAUUGAAUUCGCAUGGGGCUCUGACUCUUCGGCUGCUCAAAGCCGCUUCUACUUACUGGCGCGCCUAAGAAUUUGGUCCUUCCAUCCCAAUCUGAUUAACACGUCGGGUCGGUGCUCGACAUGCUCACGCCAACACAGCCCCAGCUAGAGCUAGUCGCCCCGAGAAAGAAUAGGUCCAAUGGAUGAACAACCUUUAGGUGCUCUUCAAUAUGGGCACCUGGGACGAUCAACAUAUAAUUCAGAGACCCAAACGUGGCUGUUCUCACGAAAGCUGGGCCCAGCUGCCUUCAUCAAUUAUACCGGUGUCACUAAAUGUACUGUGAAAUCACCUUUGACUGCACCUCACUCAUCCUUGAUCGAGAAUAACGGCGUCCUACCUCAAGUUUACCCCGAGCUUGCAGCGUGUUGGCCUCUUACGUCUAACGAGAAUACCUCACAUGUCAUUUCAACAACGAGUGAAAUAUGCGACCCUUUGAUUUCCUCCCUCCUGGAUGUCGGUUAUGCGGUGGACGUGGAGAACGGCGAGUCGGGGGCACGUGGGGUACCAAUAGCAGUUGUUGCAUCGGGAGAGUGCGGAAAUAUCAUUUCCUUUCGAAAACUCGAAGAGGAUGGUAUCGAGUUGAGACAGGAAAAAUUAGUCAAGGCACGUGUAUCUUCUAUUGGAGAUGUUGAGAAGACCGACUGGUCCGUGGGCGGUGCAGCCGUUCGCCAGAUCUGUUUCGCUCGAACGGUGGAAGAGCAAGCGACAUGGAUGGCGGCUCGUUUGCCCCAAUUUACGACAAUUUUCAGACCGCAGUAUCAUAGGACCCCUGUCCCUACGACGGUUGCUCGACAGCAGGAUUAUAUAUUGUCGAGCGAAUACCGCAUGUCUAGUCUUGAUGCUAACCCUGUGGUCGAGAUCUCCAUCUUACAAACUGGAGGGUUCGCGCAUGCAGACGUUACCUUCAACCCUUGGUAUCAGAAGCAGCUUGGUAUCGUUGAUGUGCGAGGUAGCUGGACUAUAUGGGACCUUUCGGGUCGAUACAGUAAGAAUAAGAGUAGCUGGGCGGCUGCAUGCGUUAAAGCUGGCUCUCUGCCCUGGCUCGAUAUUGAUGACGGCCAAGACAACGAUGACCGCCCUCGUCAUGACGGAUGGGCGGCUAUUGAAUGGGUUGGAGAUGUCAACAGUUUUAUUGUGUGUGACCGGCGCUGCCCAAUAUUAUAUCGGAUAGAGGAUGGUCGAGUCUACCCUUAUCCUAUCGAACUCGGCUUCAAGAGAGAGUCCGAAUGGAUCCUAGACGUCAAACGGAGCGCCUGUAACGUGUCGCAUGUCUUUAUCCUGACUACAUCCCGGAUCUAUUGGCUGGCCCUCACGCCCGGAUCUUGUCCAAUCACUGGUGACGAGACACAUUCGCGACCUGCAGUGUUCCCUCAAGUGUCAUGGCGUCAUUUUCGUGACUCAGAAGACACGACGAUGCGGCUUCAUCCAUUUCUUAUACAGGAAGACUUCUAUCUCAUACUCUAUUCGCGACUAAAUCCUUUCACACUGGUCUUUCCUUGUUCUCAUACGCAUGACACCGGGGCAGAGACGAUAGCUCUGCACGACCCGGUAAUACUUGACAUUCCGCUAUCUGAUAUUCCUGCAGAUUAUCAGCUAUCGCCGAACACUACACAGUUAUCAACGCUUAUUUUUAGAGAAACCGGUCACCUGUCGUUACCAAUCAGUAAAACGACCGACUUUUGCCAGGCCAGUAUUCUAAAGCUGUUUGCGUUGGACUCGCGGCUGUCUGUACGGGAAUCAGUAUAUGUCGGGCUUGCCCGUGGUAGUGCCGCAGACGGAGAUUCGCUUCCCAUCGAUGUCUUGAAGGCGAGAAAGCGAGGCCCAGGAAUGCCACGGACUCAAUCAACAACCUUCGAAGAGGAUUUCAUAUUGCAUGACUGGGACGAGUCGGCGAGGAGUGGUCUGUUGACUUUGGAUGCUACAAUCUCUAGCAUUACACCACUUGCAAUUCCGCAGUGGACGAUUGACUAUACACAGAUCUAUGCUGUCGCAACCGGUAGAUUAGGGCUAUCAUCGAGUAAGAAAGGUGGUGACAAACAUCAUCGCGAUAGCCUCGAUAAUAUGAUUCAACAGCUGGAGAUGCUGCUUGCAGACAUCGAGGCCAGUAACCAGCUGACAAACCCGACGGGGCUCGAGCUCCUCGGUGGCGGCCCACUACUGGAUGAUAUCGACCGGAAUUCGCACGAAUGGAACUCUUUCUGGUCACGAAUGGCUCUCAGCCGCCCGGAAUUUAUAAACCACCUAUAUCCCACGAUCCAAACCUCCAGUAUAUUCGAUUCGGUUACUUCUCAGACCACCGUAUCAGCCGAUGUUAAUCAACCAUUGAAUCUCAUAGCAAUUUACGAUGAAAUGGUCAAUGAAUGGCUUGGUUAUUUACCCCACAGCAUACCCGGACGCACCAGAAUCAUGAAAGAACAAAUCAUCCGGGGUGUAGUAGCCGAUCUUAUUCUAGCACAAUUCAGCAUCACACGCAAGGUAGAACAUGGUCCUAGGAGUUCUGAACAAGCAGGUCGUGUAAGAGAUGCAUCUUCGUCUGCGGAAACCCCACUUGAAAGAGAGGAGGGUCUAUCAUCUACUUUAUCAGAUGAGAACAACAGAAACACACUCGAAGGCGGCGCGACGAGCAGGAAAAGCCGAAGGCUAGACGCGACUGAGUUCGAAAGACAAGAGGACACAGCACCAGCAUACACCAGUCUAUCAGCUUUUACCACCUUCAAAGCUGAGCACGCAAUGAAUCGGGGCACAGCAAACAUGCUCCAGCACUGGCAACCUGGUGUCAACCCCGCCGACUAUAACUGGCAAAGACAUGCCGUAGGUUCUCACGGUAUUAUGGCCACGACCCCCAAGCGGCGGCGCUCACGGAGAAGGACAGCCUCGUUGCAUGGAGGUGAACAAGCUGGUUCAACACCUCUUCCUACGCCUGUCAUCACUGACAUCUCCCGGACAUGGGGAAGUCAACCCGAAAACCAUGAGCCGCCCACUCUCCGUCUGCAUAGCAGUCAGAUGGCAGAACAAAAUGUGUCAAUGACCCAGAUUGAGCGGGGUAUGUUUGGUGGUCGUGAGGCUGGGCGGAAGAGCGUGGUGAAGGCGAGGAAAAAGAAGCGGGCGGCCGGGUUCUAGACGAUGAUGAAGCUGUUCUUUGCGUUUUUGUCAUAUAGAUACUUAUUCAAGG